AUGGGAAAACCAAAAGUUACUAAGAAGGCUGCUAAGAUCGGUAUUUUGUUAAGUUGAUGAUGAUUUAGCUAAAAAGAAGAUUACAAAAAAGUCAACUGGUCCAAGACCCACAAGAACUAUCCAAGCAACAGUUGCUUAAGCUUAGGCUACCACACAACCAAGUGCUGGUCAAAGAAAAUUGCCCAGAUAAAACAGAAGAAAUAAAUAAGCUAAAGGAAAAUCAAAUAAAAAAGCAUAAAAAAAGUGA